AUGGCUGGGCCCCAUGCCCAUGCUGCCCCGAUCCUGCUCCUGGCCCUCCUGGCGCUCCUGGAGCUGCAUCCCACAGGCUCACUGGCACCUGGAAUGCCCACUCGGAACCUCCCUGAGAAUCACAUUGAACUCCCUCGCCCUGCGCUCUGGAAACCUCAAGCCAGCCACCACCGCCGGCGGGGCCUGGGCAAGAAAGCGAGGGGCCCAGGCAUGCCUGGCCGGGCCCUGGAGGGGACUGUGGUCACCGCUACCAGGCAGGCCUCCAGGCUGACUGGAGCAGGGGGUCUGCUUCCUGAGCAGAGUCCUGCAGGCCUGCUUGGUGACAAGGACCUGCUGCUGGGGCUGGCACUGCCCUACCCUGAGAAGGAGAACCGGUCUCCAGGACUGGAGAGAAUGAAGAAACAUGGCAGAGAGCACAAGAGACGCAGGGACAGGUUGAAGCUGCACCGAGGCCGAGCCUUGGUCCGAGGUCCCAGCUCCCUGAUGAAGAAGGUAGAAUUAUCGGAAGACCAGGUCCAAGAUGCUACCAUGGAGGAGUCCUCCACCAGCCUGGCCCCCACCAUGUUCUUCCUAACCACCUUGGAGGCAGCACCAGCCACAGAAGAGUCCUUAAUCCUGCCGGUCACAUCUCUGCUGCCCCAGGUGGAACCCAGAUCUGGGGAGGUGAUGCCCACGCUGGAUAUGACCUUGUUCGACUGGACUGAUUAUGAAGAUCUAAAGCCUGAGGUCUGGCCCUCUACCAAGAAUAAAGAGAAGCAUCGUGGUAAACUCUCCAAUGAUGGCAAUGAGACAUCACCAGCUGAAGGAGAUCCGUGCGACCAUCACCAAGACUGCCUACCAGGCAGCUGCUGUGACCUGCGUGAGCAUCUCUGUACACCCCACAACCGAGGCCUCAACAACAAAUGCUUCGAUGACUGCAUGUGCACAGAAGGGCUGCGCUGCUAUGCCAAAUUCCACCGGAACCGCAGGGUCACAAGGAGGAAAGGGCGCUGUGUGGAGCCGGAGACAGUCAAUGGCGACCAGGGCUCCUUCAUCAACGUUUAG